AUGUUAGUGAACCAAGGAACACAAGCGGAGGCUGAGAUGAGUUCAGCAACUUCUCCAUCGAAGAAGCAGAAUAGGACGAACUCAAGUAAUGUACGCCCUCUUGUUAAUGAUACUGCAUCUGGGUCUCACUAUAGCCCUCCUUGGAUUACACCAUAUAUCAUAGGUGUUGGCGGUACUUCUGGAUCGGGCAAAACGAGUGUUGCGGCAAAGAUUGUGUCAUCGAUCAAUACACCAUGGACGGUAUUAAUCUCAUUGGAUAAUUUUUAUAAGCCGUUGAGCGCUGAGGAUCAUUCUAAAGCUUUUAGAAAUGAAUAUGAUUUUGAUGAACCUAAGGCUUUAGAUAUGGACCUUGCCUAUGAAUGCCUGCUAGCUUUGAAGGAGGGUAAGAAGGUUACAAUGCCAGUGUACAGUUUUGUGCAUCAUAAUCGGGUACCAGACAAAAACAUUUGUAUAUAUGGGGCUAGUGUUGUUGUUUUCGAAGGUAUUUACGCACUUUAUGAAGAGCGGAUGUCCAGUUUGAUGGAUUUGAAGAUCUACGUGGAUGCAGACUUGGAUAUUUGUUUGGCUAGGAGGUUAUCUCGUGAUAUUAUAUCGAGAGGUAGGGACCUCGAAAGUUGCAUCACCCAGUGGGAAAGAUUUGUAAAGCCCAAUGCCGAAAAGUUUGUAAAGCCUACUAUGAAGAAUGCUGAUGUGAUCUUCCCCUCUAUAUCUGAUAAUAGCAUUGCCACAAAGAUGUUGAUUGGACAUAUCAAAUCGAAGUUGCAACAAAAAUCGCAAGAUCACAUUGAAUACUUAGUUGAAUUGGGCCAUAAAUCUUUGCCGUUGGAUAAUUUAGAGACGAUCCAUCAGUUGGAACAAACCAACCAGGUUGCAUCAUUGAAAACCAUGGUUCUUGACAGAAGUCUAGAUCGUGAUGGUUUUGUAUUUUACUUUGACAGAAUUGCAACAAUUUUGGUUUCUAAAGCGUUGGAUUGGAUCCCUGCUUCUAAAUGUUCAAGACCUGUUAUAACAUCUUAUGGACAUGAGCUAGAAAAUGCUAUAGAUGUGAAUUUCGAUAAGGUUACAGCAAUAAAUAUUGUCAGAUCGGGUGAUUGUUUUAUGACGUCUCUCCGCAAGGCUAUUCCGAAUAUUUCAAUUGGGAAGCUCUUGAUUCAAUCGGACUCACAGACUGGUGAGCCACAGCUACAUUGCGAGCUCUUGCCUAAUAACAUCGACAGUGGCUUUGAGCAAGUUUUAUUGAUGGAUGCUCAGAUUAUUUCUGGCGCGGCUAUCAUUAUGGCUAUACAAGUCUUGAUAGAUCACGGUGUUGAACUCUCUAAAAUAAAGGUGAUUGUUUAUCUAGCAACUGAAACUGGAAUUAGAAGAAUAAUUAAUGCCUUCCAAAACAGAAUUGUAAUUUACGCUGGAGAAAUCGUGUCUGAAAAAGCGAUGGCAGAUGGCAAAUGUAAUUGGGCUAGGGUAAGGUUUAUUGACUCAAGGUACUUUGGAUGUGAUUGA